CAGAGACACCGCCCCAGCCCUUGUCUUAGUGGUACAAAAGUCAGGGUGAAACUCGUACACGGCAUGCAAUGUAAGGAGGAAGAAUGCAUAGUGUAUACCUCUAUAUGGAUCAUAAAUUGUUUUAUGAAAGGACCAUGUGAUCUGGGGCUGGGCAUAUGGCCCCACCCUGCGGAGGGGAAAUGUCAGAAGGCUUUCUGUUAAAAAAUGAGAAAUCUUGGCCCUGGUAGGAAAAGAGGAGCAGGGACAGCAGAUUACACACGCAUUCGUAUACACCGCCCUUUCUCCCAGUGAGCUUCCUGUUCCCUCGAGGUGGCUUGGCUGGGAAGAGAAAAGAGGAAAGCAAAACACAAUCUACAGAGGAGGCAAAAUCUACUACUGGAGUUUACUCUGCCUACACUUGCCUUUUUCUUCGUAGACUUGGGUAGGUUCCCUUAAAGGGCAAAGAGACAGGAAAGGUGAGACACUGUUGCCGUUUCCUGCCCUGCUGGGAACAGAAGCAAAGAAGAUUGUGGACAGUUGCCUGGCAAUGAAAACAAGCAGCAAGAGCUCAUGGCUGGGGAUGGUGUAGGACACUUUUGUCUGAUGUCUGUGCACUACACUGUCCAGUCUCUUCUUGUUGGCUGCCAUUAUUACCAAUCGCCUUGCCAUGCUGUCAGCGACACACUGGAGGAGCCUCCGUCAAACAUUGCUGGUGUUCUUCACUGUCACCCUUCUUAUCGGAAUAACUAUGCUAUCUGUAUCCAAUGAUAUUAACCCUGUGGGGUUUUUCUUCCUUGCAAUCGGGGCCCUGUGUUUGCUGGGCUACCUCAUUUCUGUGAUAGUAGAGCAGUAUAUAAAGCAUCAGAAUCCAGCACAAGAAAACCACACAGUUCCAAGGAGAUCGAGUCAAGCAGGAAAUAAUGCAGCCUAUGAGACACCAGCAUAUGAGGAAGUGGUGGCUACUGGCUACAUCUCAGAUGCAACACCAACGAUCUGGACAAUUACAUCUACUCCUGGCACAACCCUGCCGGAUCCCCCUCCCUACAGCGUGGUUAUCGAGCCUCCUGUCCUCACCGAGACUGUGGUGGAGACAGUCCGUGUCUCGGUGGCACCAGGCACACGGCGUGCCUCAGAAGCAGACAUGAACCCAAGGGUACGCCUAAGGCUGGUACUCCCCCCAAGACUGCAGCGGGUGUUCUCAGAUAACCAUGAACUCAAGGGGUCUGAAGAGCGCCUAGAACGGCUAGAGCCCCUCACGCCACCCCCUGCAUAUGAACAUACCAAUGGUGAUGAAGUUUUUGAAGAGGAGUUCCAACCAUCGAGGCUAUGAUGGAAAAAAAAAACUUGUAAAUGACAAUUGGCACAAUGUCACUACAAUACUGCCUUUGAAUUCACAAUUGGCCUUGCUGUUGCAGUUCAUAGGUAUUUGUGUUGCUUUGGGUGCCCUCCUUCUCUUUGUUUAAAUGUCAUGAGAAAUGUACACAUUUUAGACAAAUAGUCAUGACGGGAUUCCCCCCCCCUCCCCCAUUAUCAGUGGAGAGGGUCAAGAGAGGGAUCUUGUGACAUUUUAUUCCAACAUUCUCAGACUGUCCUGCUCUUGCAGACUCAAAGGCUGCUUUGAAACUGUACUGGAGAAGGAUGAGGACUGGUUGGCACAUUUCCUCCCCUAAACGAUAGUUCUUAGGAGCAGUCAAGAACACAAAAUGCUGCCCUGUUUCAAACAUAGAGAAAUUAUGUCACUUUUAAGGGAGUUGGAAAGUGAUAAUAAGAAGAAUACCAAUCGAAGACGAAAAAGCUUUGAAUAAGCCUAACUUAAAAUACUUUUUUAAAUGUUUUAAAAUGUGCUUUUUCAGGUAUAUGCAAUGAGGAAAAAAUUGAGUAAAUAGUAAAUCCAUAGAUGCAUUUUGACCUGACUUUGAAAUUUGCUGAUUGAGAUAAUUCUGGGUUCUCUUGUUUAUGCCUGCUAUGUAUCACCAUUCCAAAUAUGUUCUGUUGCCAAAGUAUAUAUUUUUUUUAGCCAGUUAAAAAUGUUUCCUGAGUUUGUUCAGAAGUUUACUUCAAAAUUUAUCUAAACUUGAAAAUCACCUUUCAAGAAGACAAUCAAUAGCUUUAUUUAUUAAAUUACCAUUAUUGCAGACAGUGUAAACCAAGAUGUAUAAUGCAAAUAGAAAUAGUUCCCUUCUCUGUCAGGAAGCAAGACUGAUAAGUGAAUACCAAGAUGGUAUAUGGGGAGUAUUCUUUGUUAUGGAAUAUAAUAAAGUGUAGAGCUAUCUUUGAAUGUCAAAGAGACACCAGGUACACCUUUAACAUUUACAGGAUAUACUUUCAUAUACAGUAAAGUCUCACUUAUCCAACAUAAAUGGGCCAGCAGAACGUUGGAUAAGCGAAUAUGUUGGAUAAUAAGGAGAGAUUAAGAAAAAGCCUAUUAAACAUCAAAAUAGGUUAUGAUUUUACAAAUUAAGCACCAAAACAUCAUGUUAUACAACAAAUUUGACAGAAAAAGUAGUUCAUUAUACAUUAAAAUUUGUUGUAAUUACUGUAUUUACAAAUUUAGCACCAAAAUAUCACGAUGUAUUGAAAACAUUGACUACAAAAAUGGCUUGGAUUAUCCAGAGGCUUGGAUAAGCGAGUGUCGGAUAAGUGAGACUCUACUUUAUAUAUAUCUCCAAAACAAAACCUGUCUGUAGAAGUUGCCUGUCUCUGUUUGUUCUCAUCCUCAUACCCAGGAGGCUAACAAUGCAACCACUGAAAUGUUUACAUGACAGAAUAUAUAUUUCAAUAUA